UCUGCAAGACACCUCACAUUUAUAGCAGCUUCCCUCUCAUGCAAAUCUACACCAGAUGCAAAAUCUGUGUCUGUGUCCCUUGGUCCUUUGUGCUGCUUCUCUCUGGGUGUUGUCUUAAUGCUGCCACAUUUAAGUUCAAAGAGGGUGUUUUCAAAAGAAGGUGCUCGCUUCUAACUCCCAAGGCCCUCAGUAUGUCUAAUCUUAUUGUUCUGGGUCUGGCUUCCAGCCCCUCUCCAAGGGUUGCAGCUGUCUGGAGGUGCUGCCUUCCACACCUUCCUCAUCCACACCUCGUUCAUUCAACAGGGCAAUUGAUUAAAAGGGGGGAGAUUUUAUUUUACUCCUAGCGAAAAGACAUUUUUCUUCUACCUCAACUAUUCUUAGGGGCUAUAACAUUAUACCAAGGCUCAGUACAAAGUUUCUCUAUAAGGACUUGCUUGAUACAAAGUUGUAUGAAAAAAGAGGUUAUAUAUGGAAAGAGUUAAUACAAGGUUAUAUGAAGAGACAUAAUACAAAGUCAUAGGAAAGUUAUGUGAAGAUGCUUAAUGCAGAGAUUUAUCUACACGACUCCCGCCGGUCACAGACUCUAUUUCCAACCCCGGGGUGGGGGGCAGAGCUGCAGGGGGCCAGUGGUCAGGCUCCCUGGCUGGCCUCAGAUGGGGCCGGGGGGGAGGCAGGUGAUCUCUGAUGCAGCUGGGUCCUGAGCUAUGUCUGGGUGAACCCCCUGCCCCCUAACCCCAUGGGCAGGCAGUGCCAACCCUGGUAGGGGACAGACUCCUACAGAGGCCGAAUGACGGAUGGACUGAAUUGGGAUGGGGGGAGGCGGGGUCUAUGUCUCCCCUGUUUAACUCCUGUCUCUUGUUGAAAGCAGAGUGUGAAUUUUUCAAACCCACCAUCUGGGUGAGCCCCAGCAGGGUGGUGGCGCUCGGGGGAAGCGUCACCAUCCGCUGUGCGGGUCGGUGCCCGGGCAUGGAGUUCUUUCUGCAUAAAGCUGGAGACCCGAACCUGCAGAGGCAGACGGUGCCUGAUGGGACCAUGGCUGAAUUUCCCAUCCCCAGUGUCGGCCGGGAAGAUGGAGGGAGCUACGCCUGCGACUAUCGCUCCAUAACGGAUCAGAGUCGCUCAUCGCAUCCCAGCGACCCCGUCGAGAUCAUUGUAGGACUAGGAGAGCCCAGCUACCCCAAACCCAACAUCUCCCUGCUGAGCCCCAGCGGGGGGGUCUCCCUGGGUGGAUCUGUGGCCGUUCAGUGUCGGGGUCAGCGCCAGGGCGUGCGGUUCGUGCUGAAUAAAGAGGGACGUCAUUUCCAGCCCGUGGAUUCGGCCGGGUUUGAGGUUGUGUUUCCCAUCAGCAACGUGAGCCGGGAGGACGGCGGGAGCUACAGCUGCUCCUAUCACAGCAAAUCGGAGCCGUUCACCGUGUCGUACCCCAGCGACCCCGUGGAGCUGGUGGUGAGAGGGGGAACUGACCCGGCCCAGCCUGGAGCAGCGCCGGCUCCCACUUUCCCGGGCAGUGCAGGGACAGGCGGAUCGGAAUCACUGGGUUUGACCAGCCCCAUCAUCGCCGGGGCGAGUGCAGCAGCCGCCGGCUUCCUCCUCCUCCUCCUCCUCGUGGCCUUCGUCUGCUUCAGAAAAACCCGAGCCAGAAAAGGAGCCGCACCGAGACCGAGCAGCACCAGCCCCUUGGGAGUAUUGAAGGCGCCGGCUCAGCAAGACCCUGUCUACGCCUCCAUCGAUGAAGAGAAAGAGACGCAGACCCUGGAGCCCGACCCGGGCACCGAUGGACUCACCUACGCCGAGCUGGACGGCCAGGCGCUGCAGGUCAAGCCGGGGGGCCCGGCCCCUGCCUCUGAGCCUGUCCCGCCCAGCAUGUACGCCGCGAUCAACGUGAGCCGGGGGGCCCUGCAGUGAGAGCCCCCCACAGCCAUGGGGCGCCGGCCCACAGGGUGCAACAGACUCAUUGACUCACAGUCUUUAAGGCCAGAAGGGUCCAUCGUGAUCAUCUGGUCUGAUCAGGCCACAAAGCCUCACCCACCCACUCCUGUAGCAGACCCCAGCCUCCGCUGAGUCACUGACGGCCUCAAAUCAUGGGUUAAAUACUUCAAGUUACAGAGAAUCCACCAGUGACUCUAGUUUAAACCUUCCAGUGCCCUGCGCCCCAGGCUGCAGACGAAGGUGAAACUCCCCCCAGGGUCUCUGCCAAUCUGACCUGGGGGGGAAAUUCCUUCCCGACCCCAGAUACGGCAACCAGUUAGACCCUGAGCAUGUGGGCAAGACCCACCCGCCAGACACCUGGGAACUGAUUCUCUGUAGUAACUCAGAGCCCUCCCCAGCGAGUGUCCCGUCUCCGGCCGUUGGAGAGAUUUGCUGCUAGCAGUCGUGGAUCGGCUCCAUGCCGUUGUGGGAUGUCUCCUCAUCCUGUCCCCUCCAGAAACGUCUCAAGCUCAGUCCUGAAGCCAGUUAGGUCCCUUGGGAGGCUGCUCCAGAACUUCGCUCCUCUGACGGUUGGGCCUUGUCUACACUACAGAGUGUUAUCGACAAAAAGCGCCAUGAUAACAUCGCUAUUGCACGUUCACACUGCGCUUCCUCUGCCGGCAGAGCGCGUCCACAUUUGGUGCUCCAGCGUCUACAGUGAGAGCAGUGCAUUGUGGGUAGUUAUCCCACCGUGCUACUCCGCACCUUCUGCAGCUAGGGCUUGUGGGAAGGCAGAGUGGAUCGCAGCAUGUCCUGGGGGCGGGCUCAGCGUCCCAUGGUGCGUUAUUCCACGCUGUUCCAACUGCGUUUCGCGGCAUUUCCAACGGCCCCUGUUUCUGGUGUGCCCGCCAUCCCUGUGUGAAAGGAUGGGUCCUGCCCGGCUCUCCACUGCUGUGAACGCAGCACGGCUGGCCAGGCAGGAUGCCAUGAGCUCCCAGUCUGAACGGGAACCAGAGUUGCCCGAGCUGCUCUGUGCCAUGGAAAGAAAUAACACCGGCUUCCUCCUGGCAUCACGGAGCGGCUGCACACGGUGGAGCGUCGCUUUGGGGCUCGGGGAACAAGCGCUGAGUGGUGGGAUCAUAUUGUUACGCAGGUCUGGGAUAAGCGAUGCGUGAGGGGGGGUCACACGGGGUCACAUGCCCCCCCCCCCCGAUUUCUGCCAGCGUGCGAGUUGGCCUGUGUGUGGGAAAGGCACCAGCAGCGAGCGCUCCCGCUGAGACCCACUAGGUGUGGCCCAGAGCCAGGAAGUGAGACCGGGCUGGUAGCACAGCUCUCUGUCAGAGGGGGCACAGGGAAGCCGGCUGAGUCCCACCCCUUCCUCGCCUUGGCGCAGCACGGCCCCCAUGAGAAUAACUCCCCUUCAUGGGUGACACAGGUCUGGUGAACUAAGUAUUAAACCAGCAGGGAAAUGUAUGUACCUGCUUGAAUGCGGGUCUGGACUAGCCUGCCUGGGUGCGCAGAAGGGAGCUCAGGGAGUUGGGGCAAGGGCGGGAGGCAGCGGGGGCUGGGGCAAUAUGGGGGGUAGGGGGCUGGGGGAGGCAGCAGGGGCCAAGAAGCCAAAAAAAAUGUUUGCCUAGGGCACCAUUUUCCCUAAGGACGACCCUGGUAGGGCCCGCCUUAAGUGUGGGCGAGGUGGGUGACCGCCCAGGCGCUGUGGUCACAAGGGUGUUGCUGGAGGGGCCUUGGCAGUCACCAGGAAGCCAACCGGGGCAGUGGUGGAGGCGGUGGUGAGCCCGUCAUUACGCCCCCCCGUCCCCACUAUCUGCAGUUCCCAGUCGCCCGGUCUGGGAUGACGAGCCGCGGCUACAGAUCGUUCGGAUGCGGGAAGCCCCCUCCCUGGACCUGUGUGCGGAGCUCGCCCCAGCCCUGCGGCGCAAGGACACCCAAAUGAGAGCGGCCUGUCGUGGAGAAGCGCCCGGCGAUCGCUGUGUGGACGCUGGCGACUCCAGGCUGCUCCCGGCCAGUCGUGAAUCCGCUGGAAGUGGGAAGUCGAUGGCGGGUGCCGCGUUAACACUAGUGUGUGGAGCCGUUAAUCGCAUCUCGCUACGAAGGACCGUGACCCUUGGCAAUGUGCGUGAAAUAGUGGAGGGGCUUUGCGCAGUGGGAUUCCCUAACUGCAGUGGGGCGAUAGAGGCAACGCAGGUUCCAGUUUUUGCCCCGGACCAUCUUGCGACAGACACAUCAGUAGGAAGGGGACUUCUCCAGGGUGUUGCAGGCACUUGGGGAUCACCGUGGGCGUUUCACUGACCCCAGCGCGGGGUGCUCCGGGAAGGGGCAUGACGCUCACAUCGUCAGGAACACUGGCCUGGACAGAAAGCUGCAAGCAGGGACUUCCUUUCUGCACCAGAAGAUUCCAGUGCGGGGUGUUGAAAUGCCCAGAGUGAUCCUGGGACACCCGGCAUAGCCCCUGCUCCCAGGGCUCAUGAAACCAAACGUGGGAACCCAGGAGAGCACCAAGGAGCCCUUCAAACCCAGGCUGAGCAGGUGCAGAACGACCGCAGGGGGAACCAACCCAACCCAGCCUGGAACAGCACCAGCCGGGCCGGGUAUCGGGAGGGGGGACUCACCAUAGAACCAGCCCUGGAAACAGGCUCAUGGUGCCCAAGGAGCCACCCUGGGAGCUGGGGCUGGUUGGGUGGGACGGGGGCAGUGACUCCUGGUGCAUGGGCCCAGACACCGGGGGGGGCAACCCCCACCCUUCCCUCACCACCUGACCCCCAGCUCCUCUGAUAUCUCCUGCCUUGCAGGUCGCUGCCUGGAAGCUGCUGGGGGCAUCCUGGUGGGGGGGGGCAGUAUCCCGUGAGACUUGGCUGAGGGGUUGGGCCCAGCUGGGUACCUGAGUCCUGGGGCAAUAACCCAGCUUCUUGGGCUGCAUCACAUCCCCCUGGCAAUAGGAGUGAGCAUUAGCCAGAAUUCCCUCUGCUCUUGCUUCCCCUCCCACCAUUGGGAUCUCAGGGGACCCCUGACCCACCCCCCAAUAGAUGUUCUGCUGCAUCUGUCUGGGCCCUCAGCACCGCCGGGACGUGGAGGGCAGCGGGUAACAUACCAGCCUCCCUCAGCGCGCACUGCUUGGCUGUGUUUGUCAGAAGCCAAGACAGCCCGGGGCUGAAACUAGAAAUAGAGAAUAACUCUGAGGUCCUAUUGUAAUUAUGCAAAGCGUGGGCCAUUAAUGGCGGUUUAGAAUGUUGAUGGCUCCCAUUGACUAGGACAAUUGACUGUAGACGGCUCUGUUUACCUGCCAGCCUCCACUGCAUACCUGAUACGGGAAUCCAUCUGAAACCUGGUGCUUUUCCACUGAGAAGGAGGGGUGGGGGCCCAGAGUGACAAAGGAUUCCCGCCUUGUGCCAAAGAUAUAAAAGGGAAUGGAACAGAACAAAGGCGGCCAGUCAG